GCCCCUGCACCUGUCCGACCUGUUUUGGGGACACAUGACUCCGGAGGAAUUUUCCCUGCUGCUCCCGUCCUUUGUUUAACGGAGUCUUUUUGAGUGGGAGACAGAGUGUGUGAGAGGAGGGUGAUAGAGAGAAGAGAGAGGGAGAUAUAGAGAUGUCGGAACCAGCCGCUAACCCCGCUGCCACCUCGUUCCCAGCGCCAACUAUUUCUCUUCCUUUGGGACUGGAAGUAUUGAGAACUUACUCUGGAGCCCUUGUCUGUUUAGAAAUAUUAUUUGGUGCGCUAGUAUGGAUCCUGGUGGCCUCCUCCAAUGUGCCAGUGCCUCUGCUGCAGGGCUGGGUGAUGUUUGUCUCCGUCACUGCCUUCAUCCUUUCCUCCACCUACCUCACGCUUUUCCUUACUGGCCUGGCUGAUCGCAUCAACACUGACUGGAAUUUCUUGGAUGUGUUUUACCACUUCUUGGCUUUGCUUUUCUACUUCGCUGCCUUCGUGUUGGAGGCAGCAACUACAGCAGCUAACGGAGGGGCCCACAUCAAGCCACUGACAAACAGCACUGAUACAGUCAUGUGUAUAACUUACCCUCGCGGCAAUAUAUUCACAGUCCUGCAUGGCAACCAAUACAGUAUUAAUGUCGCAGCCACGAUAUUUGCAUUUGUGGUGACACUGUGCUACGGCUGCAGUAUGGUGAUGGGCUUCAAGAGGUGGAGGAUGUAAUCCGGGAAAACCAGCACACACUAGUUUCAUAACUGCUUUGUAACUAGAGCAUUUAUUUAAAAACAAAAAACACCAAGAGCUCCAUAGAGAGCACUGAUAUUCAUUUCAGUGCAAACGUUGUAAUCAUCAAGGAAAAACAUAGAUGACAAAAUGCCCAUUUCAGUCAAAACAUCUGUCAAGAUGUCUGGACAAUAAGAUUCCUACAGGAAUACUUCUUCUGAGAUAUUAAAAGGAUUGAUUUCAGUUAGGUUCAGUCUCAGUUUAAGCUGUUGUCCAGUUAGCAUCAUAUGAAUCUGAUUUAUUUGCUGAUUACAAAUAAUUGUAUUGUUUUGCAGCUUUCCUCAAAACCUCUAGCAAAAACCUAUGUUUGGGAAGGUUGUGAGCAGACCUAGUAUAUGAUACAUUUAAGGCUGUAAGUGAUGCUUGUGAAAUGAAACCAAACUGUUAUGGUUUUGAUUUUUCACUCAGUUUGGUAAUCAUGCAAAUAUUGCCCCAUUUCCUGAAUCACAUCCUCAUUAGAGGGCUUAUUUCCCAUUUUCCAAUACCACAAAAUUGUGCCUACGUAUGCUGUUGAUUUACUUUUUUACAUAACAGCCCAUUAAUGUGUUGCAAUUGAUUUGAAAGACACUAAAACACAAAGUGAUCCCUUUUACAGUCCUCCAGUUACUUUGGUGCUAAGGAGCAAUAAACUCGCUCUUGAUUUAACUGUUAAUAAAUUUCUAUGUGGCCACUAUUUAAAUGUGAGUUGAUCUGAUAUUUGAAUUUCAAAGUUUUCAUUUCUUGCUGUGAGCACUUUUUGUCAAAUUUUUUCUGUAUAUCUGGAAUAACUUUUUCACAAUAUUGUAGCUCUUGUACAGUCAGCCAACAUUUGUCACGUAUGAUAUGUGUUACUGUUUAAACUUACUGCGUGCUGUCCUAUGUGAUUAACUCCUGUGACUUACUGAUAAAUAUCAUUCGACCAAAGCCUAGGUUGCAUAAAUCUGUCAUCCUAAUGAGUUCUACUACAAACUAAU